AUGCGCGGAAUUGUCUUGAUUCUUUUGAUUUCAUUGGUCGUAUCCACCUACGCUUAUUUGUAUGAUACAGCUGAUGACAUGUACAUGCCGGAUCAGCCAAAACGAAGUCUCGAGAACUUUUGGCGAAACGUGCAUCUUCAAAUGCCUAAUUCGGCAAACUCGCGAGGAGUUGCCGGUGGACAAAAACGUACCGAGGGACUGAGCCGCGCUAGUGCAAACGCCUACUAUCGACUCGGUUGA